GCACACAUUCCCUCUCAAUCAUCCCACUUUGCUCUCUGUUUUCCUCUCUGCUAAUUAAGCAGGCGUGGUCUCUGGUUUUCAUUACACAUUUACACAGACUCACUCACUCUCUCUCUCUUUUAAGGCAUCAAAGAACCCAUCGAAACCCCCAUGCCUGCUUUGUUUCUUUCUUCUUUUAACCCCUCACACAGCUACUGCUACUAGACACAGUGAUGAGCUCAAAGCAGAGUGUUCCAUCAUUGAACAUCAAACCUCCUCUGUCGUCUCUGACGUCUCUGUUUCACUUCUCUUUAGUCUUUACCAUCCUCUAGCAGACAAAACCGAGCGAGCUUCAUCAUUGAGCAUCAUUCUCUGUUUCCCAUUCCUGUACUCUCCUCUGCUUUCAGUUUCUAUAAAUAGACAUGGAGAGGUGGGAUCACAAAUCACAACGAGAAGCUCGACACAUUAGUAAGCACCGUAGAGAAAACCCUUCUUUCUCUUCGUCUCUGCUUGACUCUAUUUACCGCUCCAUCGACGAAGGUGAAGAGAAUAUUGGAACUCGGAGAGAAGGAGAGCUCAUAUUUUAUAAGGAAACCAUGACGAGGAAGAAACAGAACAGUACUACUAUUGUUUCUUCUCACGGCGUCAAAGCAGAGGAGGAGAUCAUGAGUCUCCGGCGAGCCUGCUUGAUAGAGAAGUGGAUAGAGAAGAAAGCUGCGGCGGCUGACAAAGUCGUGGUUCGAAGAAAUUCCAUGGCGGAUUUCGACAGAAGGUUCUUGAAUUCGAGCUCCAGCUCUUCGGAUUCGAGUUGUGGAGGUGGGUUUUCUUCAUCGGAGUCAGACUCCAUGUACGGGUCGAGAUCGAGGUCGUCGUCUUCAUGCUACAGCAUGCCGAGGCCCAAACCCAUCCGGACCAGUGUCUCAUCAACUCGACCGGAAAACCAUCAUCAGAAGCCGAAGCAGGAAAACGGAUUCGUGAAGACGAAAUCCAAGGCGUUGAAGAUUUACGGCGACUUGAAGAAGGUGAAGCAGCCAAUCUCACCGGGAGGAAAGCUCGCCAGUUUUCUCAAUUCCAUUUUCAACGGCGGGAAUGGAAAGAAGCACAAGAUUAACAUCGACGACUUGGGCUCCAAAUCGACAAACGGGUCCAACUGUUCUUCGGCUUCUUCGUUCUCGAGGUCCUGUUUACGCAAAACCUCUGUUUCAAGAGGCGAGCUCAGCAAUGGCGGCGGCGACAGUGCGAAAAGGUCGGUGAGGUUUUAUCCGGUGAGCGUGAUCGUCGACGAGGAUUGCCGGCCGUGCGGGCACAAAACUCUUGAAGAGAUAAAGAGGAGUUUUGUAAUGGAUGAAGAUGAUCAUCGUCGCCAAGUUGAGCAAGUAGCUAGAAGCUAUUUGAUGAAGAAUUACCAGAAGAAGACUCACGAUGUGGAAAUGGAGGAGGAUGAGGAUGAUGAUGAUGAUGCAGCGAGCUAUGCGAGCUCUGAUCUGUUCGAGUUGGACACUGUUGGAGUUGAAGAAAGGUACCGUGAAGAAUUACCGGUGUAUGAAACUACGUAUUUCGACAGAAAUCGAGCCAUUGCUAAUGGUUUGAUUUUGUAAUUUUCAGAAGGAAAAUAACAAAAAAAAGAGGGAAGGUGGUGAAAAUUUUAUUAGCUUUUGAAGUAAAUGUGGUUUGGGGUUUACAUCAGAAAAUUAAUAAUAUUAGUUUCUAUUUCUUGC